GCACAGCUACAAACCACAUUGUAAAUGCUGCAAUUAGGUGAAAAAACUGAUCGGAAAACAGUUGUUAAAAUCUAAACUAGAGAAUGUCUAUCUAAACAAAGCUGCAGUUGGCGCAUGGAGAUGACGUCAUAUGUAUACAUCGUGCACCAGCUUCCAGCAUCAUCGAUACUUCUCCUUCCUUAAUCGCCCUGCAACUUACGCAGAGGCCCUUUGCUUGUGCAUGGAUACUGUAAAUGAAAGUGCUUUUAUAUAUGCAACCACAGUGUUGCUAAAUGUUGCGUCGAACGCUCCUUUCAUUCAUUUAUUUUAACUCAAAUCAGUCCGUAACUGUAGAGCAAACCGUGUCGCAAUGAUACCUAUCCCGAUUGUAGUGUGUGUGAUGGGAGGAUGGUGUGCCGUCUACCUAACGGACACUCUCAUAAAGACUUCUACUUCUGUGAGACACAGGUAUGAGACCUGGCUGUCAUCCAACGGGCUCACGCUGUCCCCUUUCCACGUAAAAUGGCAAACAGGUCUUUUCAACCGCCUGUUUGCCAGGUGUGCUAGUAUUAACCCCCACUUCCUUCACGUAUGGUUCAGCGUGGGUAUGGUGUUUGGGGUGGUGGCCAUGUUCGGCUCCGUGGUCCUGCUCUCGCGGACGCUACACCAGACAUUGAAACAGAUGACCUCAGAGGCUCCAGAAGGUUCUCAUGAGCAGGUGCUCCAAGUGGUGGUGCCUGGGGUGAAUCUGCCCGUGAGUCAGCUGGCGUACUUCUUCACAGCCAUCUUGGUCAGUGGCGUCAUACAUGAGUUUGGCCAUGGGGUGGCAGCACUGAGGGAACAGGUGCGGCUGAACGGUUUUGGCAUCUUUGUGUUUGUAGUGUACCCCGGGGCCUUUGUUGACCUCUUCACUACACACCUGAACCUUAUCUCUCCUGUUCAGCAGCUUCGCAUAUUCUGUGCAGGAGUAUGGCACAACUUCAUGCUGUGCGUGGCAGCCCUGUGCUUCCUUCUGCUCCUUCCUCUGCUGCUGUUUCCCCUCUACUACACUGGCGUUGGGGCCUUAGUCACAGAGGUGGUGGAGGGCUCGCCCAGCAGUGGGCCGCGGGGGCUGUUUGUGGGGAACCUGGUGACGCGCCUGGAGGACUGCGAGGUGCGCGGGGUGGACGACUGGCAGUCCUGCAUCCGGCAGCUCGCCCUGCACCCGCAGACGGGCUACUGCGCCAGGACCGGCAACCUGCAGAUCAGCUGGGCUGCAGGACGAGCUUACAAGCGACUGGACGGGACAAUGGAGUGCUGCAGUAACAACAGCCUGACCGACCUCUGCUUCUCCUACCGCAGCAACCAGGAGGGCAAGAUGGUAGGAAACGGACCGCACGCGGCACAAACGGAGUACGCCUGCUUGCCUGCACGGCGUACCAUGGAGUCCAGUCUCACCUGCGUGACCAACGCGGACUGCCAGAAGCAGGACGGGGCAGGGCCCAGCCUGUGCGUUGUCCCCUCGCUGGAGAACCAGACGCGCCUCAUCCGUGUGCGGCAUCCUCCCCUUCCUGACAUGCUCUUCGUCGGGUACCCCUCCCACCUGCAGUACUCAGUGAGUCUUACAAAUUUCGUGCCUCGACUCAGCUUCCUACACCUGGACCUGCCGGUGCUACUGGAGACGUUUUGCAAAUACCUGGUGUCGUUGUCGGGCGCCCUGGCGGUGGUGAACGCGGUGCCCUGCUUCGCGCUGGACGGCCAGUGGAUGCUGACGUCGUUCCUGGAGGCGUCGCUGGGCACGCUGGUGCCCGAGAGGAGCCGUCGGGAGAUGCUGGGCUUCUGCAUCCUGCUGGGCGGCAGCGCCCUCCUCGCUGCCAACGUGGCGCUGGGACUCUGGAUGGUCACGGCCCGAUAACACACACACACACACACACACACACACACACACACACAGAGAACUGGGGCAGGAGGACUUCGGAUCAGGUCCUUCUCUCAUCAUCAGAUAAGUCCUUUCCCCCUCUGACUCGAACAAUAACAUUCAAGCUCAUGAACUCGGACUCAGAGACCCUUGGAAGGGAAAUAAAACUACAUUUCCCACCCCAGCAUCCUCUACCAUCUAAUAAGUCUGUAUCUAGGGUCCCUCUGUCAGAAGAUGAGGAUGAGCUAUUCUUCAUUGGGCUUGAUUGCCUGUGUAACCUUGUCGCGAUGGCCCUGGGGAAGAUUGAGUGUGUAUCCUUGCUCCAAAAAAAAUGCCUGCUGCUGUUUUGAAAGAAACAAAAACAAAGGGACUCCACACACCAAGGAUGCUGAUAAAGCACUGUUUUAGUCACACGUCAUGUCUCGGUAGUAUCCCAUGCAUAAACACAGAGGACACGCCACGUCAUGGUGUCCUUGCUUAUGCAGGCACUGGAACCCCUCCACCUGAAGGUCCCUUCCUGCUUUGUGUCGAUGUUUGUCUUUGUAUCUCUGUUUGCUUAUCCCCCUCCCUUAUGAACGAUGUGUGGGAUCGUUUCCCACGUUCGCUUUCCAUAUCCACUGGAGGAGGUCCAGUUGGGGCGAUGUUCAUUCCUGAAACUAAAAAAGCACUUUGCUGAACCUCAGUUAAGGGGCGAGGCCUUGUUGUUUAUGAAACCAUGGAAGGUCUGUUGUGGAGAACACGGAAAAUAUGUAAUUGUUGUAGAAUGUGUCCCCACCCCAAUAAAUCUCCAAUCUCCUUU